UCCUCUCCUUUCAUUCUUUCAACGAAACCUUCAAAAUCAAAAUGGAACAAGAUUUGCCCACCUUCAUCCGCCCUUGCAAACUCCGAGGCAACUCUUCUGCAAGUUCUCGUCCUCUCAUUCCCGGCCCUGCUGGUGUUGUCCAGGCCGCCAUGAUUCAACGCAGCUCCACCACCGACGGACACCUCAUUCCAACCCAACAAUUUGUUAGGCGCGUCGUCGAAGACGGUCACGACACUGAUCCCGAUUUUCACUCCAAUGCUUGGCUUUCAGCCCUGCAAUUAGGCGGAUCUGCAACUCCUCUGGGUUCAAUCACUCACCAUCUAGAAAGGGUCGAUCUCAUCGUCGCAGUUAUCAAAUCAUGCACGCCAAACGGAUUCGGCGAUGUGUCAGUUACCCUGAAGGUAUUUCCAUCUUCCGCGUUCUUUUUCAUCAAUGUCAUGGUAUUUAAAUGUCCUCUGUCAAUGCCAUAUGGGUUUGAGUUGCAGGAUCCUACGGGCACUGUCGGUGCUAGUGUCCAUCACAAGGUUUUCACUGAAAGCGAAUUCGCGAAGGACAUAAAUGUUGGAUCUGUUAUGCUUAUCCAGAAGGUAGCUGUGUUUUCUCCUAGAAAAUCUAAUUGUUACCUGAACAUAACAUUGCCCAACAUAGUUAAGGUAUUCUCCAGUGACUGUGGACCUCCAUCUGAAACAUUCACCGACAUUACAGAAGAUUGAUUAAUGUUAUUUGGCUAAUUUUGAAUUAUUUGCAACUUUAAAAAAUCCUUGACCUGGAUUAUGUAGGCUAUGUUGCGUCCCUUGAAUUAUGUACGUUAUUUUGCUUCAAUUGGAUUAUGUGCGUUAUUUCACUUCCCAUUGGAUUUUGUUUGUUAUUUUACCUGAUUUAAAAAGAGAUAAAAAUGUAAUCAAAUCAAGUAAAGCGUGAUAAUGUGAAAUCCAAACUAAUAAUGCGAUAAAAGUACAGACCGAUAAUAAAGCGUGUAUAAACUAAUAAUGCGAUAAAAGUACACAUAAUAAUAAUGUCACUGCCCCCUGCCCCUACGACCCACCCUACCCCUACGACCUCUGCCUCCGCCUCU